UCAAAAUUCAUUAUUUUCAUUCGAUGGUCGUCGGACGUGGCGAUUGUUUUUGAAUAAAUCGAUUAUUUUUUGGUAAUUUCACAUUGAUAACGAAGACCCGCGACUUGAGGAUAUCGUGAUUUAGUUUAUCGCUUCAAAAUGGGUCUGUGCAAGUGUCCUAAACGGCAAGUAACCACGCAGUUUUGCUUCGAACAUCGAGUGAAUGUCUGCGAAAAUUGCAUGGUUGUAAAUCACACCAAGUGUACGGUUCAAUCUUAUAUCCAGUGGCUGAAGGAUAGUGACUUCGAUUCGUCCUGUACGCUGUGCAGGAAACCUCUCGAUGAUGAAGAUUGUGUGCGGCUCAUCUGCUACCAUGUAUUUCAUUGGAAAUGUUUGAAUGCGAAGCAACAAUCUUUACCGGCGAAUACGGCGCCAGGAGGCCACACCUGUCCCACGUGUAGUGAUCCUAUUUUUCCACCAGUCAAUCUAGUCUCACCAGUGGCCGAUGUUCUGCGAACCAGAUUAGGACAGGUGAACUGGGCGAGGAACGUCCUCGAACUUCCGUUGCUAUCGGAGGACAAGUCCGCAGCUUACUAUGCCACUGCGACCACUUCAACCGGUGUUCACAAUGGAAGUACCUUCGCAUCCAGUAUGUCCCAAACAAGAACGAACGAACGACCCGAAAGUCCCCAUUCGAUUGUCAACAUGGAUUCGUACGUUAACAACGCAUCGCCAGCCUUGGAUUUUCAUGCGAGCAGUCGACGACCAUUAUUGGCUCGAGAGUCCCCAAUAGGGGCAUCCGACCGAGAUGAUAACAAAUACAAAAGAAGAACACCCCAGGAGAUUUUUUCGCGCUGGUCCAGAAGACUUUACGCGCCCUCUUCGAAGCCACUGUGGAGACGAACGUGGUUCGUCGUGCUGGCCAGUUGCAUUGGAUUCGUUUGCAUUAUUUACGUUUUAAACACGUUAGGACGUCGCGGUGGCGAUGGCGAAGUGGGUCUGAUUUACAACCGUAAUCUACCGCACGAAGAAUGAGCGAUUGGAGAAAGCGGAAAAUGGUAAAGCAACGCCAUUCCACAAUGAAAGCAACACAGAUCAGUCUUUUACUAUAUCAAUUUAUUUCUAUAAUCGUUAUUUUGUAUUGUCUAAUAUAUUUCUAGGACUACAUCUA